AUGAACAUGAUACUAAACGUUGGAAGGGAUCCAUCUGAUAUUCGAAAAAUACAUAAUUUUGCAAACUGGCUUUUGGAUAUAGGAAAAGGAAAAGUUGGUGGUUCGAACGAUGGUGAAGCAAUUAUUGAUGUUCCGGAUGAUAUUCUCAUCAACGACCCACAUGAUCCUAUAGGUUCAUUAAUUGAGUUUGUAUAUCCUUCAAUCUUGGAAAAAUUCAACAUUACAAGUUAUUUUCAAAAAAGAGCUAUACUAGCUCCCAAAAAUGAAGUUGUCCAAAAAUCAAUGAUCGUUUGUAUUUUAAAUGUUCUUAAAGUAUCAGGUUUGCCAAAUCACAAGUUAAUUUUAAAGGUCGGUGUUCCAGUUAUGUUACCAAGAAACAUUGAUCAGAAAAAUGGUUUAUGUAACAGCACUAGACUACAAGUGAAAUCUCUAGGCAAACGUGUUAUUGAGACAAUUAUCAUAUUUGGAAGUAAUAUUGGAAAACAAAUGUUUAUUCCAAGAAUGUCUUUAAGUCCAUCUGAAAAAAAAAUUCCCUUCAAAUUUCAAAGAAGACAAUUUCCAUUGGCAGUAUGUUUUGCAAUGACAAUUAAUAAAAGUCAGAGGCAGUCGUUAUCAAAGGUUGGUCUGUAUCUCAAAGAUCCUGUUUUUUCACAUGGACAGUUGUAUGUUGUCUUAUCUAGAGUUCAAAGUAGAGAAUGA